AUGAAGAAGCGGGCCGAUCUUCAUGAGAAGCUCCACGCUCUCCUCCGUCCUACCAAUGACAGUAACAUAUCUGUGAGAGUUGUCAACCUUUCGAAAAGGAUUCUCACACCCGCCGAAUCAAGCCUAUUGUCUAAAGGAAUACGGUUUAGUCAUGUCGAUGCUGCGCCUACAAAUUUCUCAGCGAACCUGGAAUCCCUCCUGCUAACCUCAUCCAUCCCUGAAGAUAUGCGUGCAGACAUACGCAACUGUGCGACCGGCCUCCUCCGGAAAAGAAGACACCAGCAAACCUUGCCGAUGGAAGAGGAGAAGGGAUUACGAUCCCUGAGGUCAGACGACACUAUUGUUGUUGUAUCUGCUGACAAAGGUGGUGCUACUGUCAUUAUGGACAAGACUGACUAUGUCAAUAAGGCCAACCAAGCCUUUAAUGACAGACAGGGCUAUACCCCAAUUGCUGAGGAUCCGACAAAAAAGCAGGCCGCAUCUAUAAAGAAGAAGAUGAACAAGCUCACUCGUAAAAAGCUCAUAAACCCCGCGGACUGCAAAUUUCCGACUCCUAACGACACUCGUAUCGCACAUGCUUAUGGCCUCCCAAAGGUGCACAAAGUAGGUGCACCGUUGAGGAUCAUAUUACCGCUCAUUGGAUCGCCUAAAUAUAACCUUGCCAAGUGGCUGUACAAGCACCUAAAGCACCUUAUGAAUGGAUGGCAGUACAGCAUCAACAACUCUCAUGCUUUCCUUCAGAGGAUCCAAGGCCUUACUGUAAGCCCUGAUGAAUGCAUUUUAUCGUUUGAUGAAGUUGCUCUAUUUUCCUCAAUGACGCAUAACUUGGCCAUUGAGAGCGUAGCUCGACGCCUAGAGGAAACUCCAAUUGGCAUUCCAACAGAGCAUGUUUUAGACAUGCUUGGGCUCUGCCUUAAGAACUAUUGUCAAUUCGAUGGCAAGUAUUACCAGCAGGUCAAGGCCACCCCCAUGGGUUCACCGAUAUCGGGCCUACUCGCCGAACUAGUCUUACAAAGACUAGAAGAAAUUGUUAUUCAAGCCAUCAAACCAAAGAUGUGGCUCCGCUACAUAGAUGAUACCUUCGUAGUCAUAAAAAACUGCGAAGUUGAACGACUGCACCAGAGUCUUAACGGUGUCUUCCCCGCCAUACAAUUCACACGCAAAGAAGCAACAGAGGACAUCCUCCCUUUUCUUGACGUCAGUGUACAAAGAUUGAGUGAUGGCAAUCUCGCGACCAGCGUCCACAGAAAAGACUCCAGUGCCGAAAUCAUCCUCAACUACGGGAGCAAUCAUCCUGCGGCCCACAAAAAAGCUGUGUUCGAACUCUUUUUCACCGCCCUUUUCGGUAUUGUAGCAGUCAGUAUCUACUCAAGAGAGAACUAG